AUGACAGAAGCCCCUAAACGGAGGAGCGCCAGAGAAACUGCAGCGGUUGCGGCUGAUGCAGGAAUGGAUGAAGUCGCAAAGAUAAUAAACGAUUGCUUGGAUACGGCAGUUGCACCAGGAACUCUCCAGAUUUACAGGAGAGUUAGGAGGGAAUUUCUGACCUUUGCGGAUAAAUUCCGGAUCCCUGUCCAGGCCAUUCAUAAGUUAAGGAACGUGUUUCUGGCCCAUCUCAUUAACAAGGGAAAGACCAGAACACUGGGCUACCAUAUAGCAGCUUUGACACACUUCUUCGGUCCUUUACCGAAGGUUGACGAUGAAAUCCAACGCGCUCUUCUCCGCACAGGCAAUAAGAAGAGGUCACCUGUCCGUCACAGGACGAAGGCAUCACGAGAAGACGUGGAAAAAGUGAUCGGAUGGGCCCUUACUAAACCAUCCGUCACAGCGGUGAAAGGAGCGAGCAUGAUUUUACUGGCAUUUUUGGCUUUUCUGAGAGUCAGCGAAGUGAUUCAGCUACGCUUCGCUGACCUUAACCGCAAAAGCGGAGACGUGUGGUGGAUCGCAAUAAGGAAAUCCAAGACAGAUCAAGAAGGAAUAGGGUGCACUAUAGCGUUCAAAAUGAAAGAGAGCGAACAAAAACUGUGGAAUAUGCUGUGCAACCAACGAUCCCCUUAUUUGCCAGAAGAGUUUAUUUUCAGUAAUAUUUCCGGCAAACCAUACUCACGGGACUGCGCCUCACGAUUCAUCAAGAAAACCACUAUGGACGCAGGGCUCGUAGCGUAG